AUGCCCUCCACACCAUCCCUCCAUUGCAAUAUUAGGAAAAUAAUCCCACGUAGGCACUUGGUCACGACGACUCUGGAGACUGGACUUCGCUCGUUCGUGCACCUCACUGCUUCCUCUGCAACCCUGUCUGGCGAACCCAAUAUGGCUGAGAUUGAGAAGUUCGGUAAAUUGAAAUUGAAGAAGACAGAGUCUCAAGAGAAAAAUCCACCUCUUUCAAAAGAAAUGAUAGGACAGGAGAAGCAAGCAGGCAAAUCAUAG